CGUUGGGUAUAGUGGUACCGUCUUGCUGGUCUAAUGGUUGUUGCCUUUUUUCUCACCGUUUUCUUUGCUGCUUGCUGCAUUUUGCUGCCAGGUAUUUAUUUGAUUGUCGCGAACACGGGUGCGGACAGGAAGGAAACUCGAUCGACUUUUAAUUAGUGCCGUUCCGAGCGGAGCCGUGCCGUGCCGUGGAAGACGAUUGUGAUUUUAUUUGUGUGAGACAAAUGUGCCUUGGUUGCUGCACGGCAGCGUAGCCUCGAUAGGUGUUCCUAAUCGCGUAGCUUUUGGUAUUUGGUGCGACGUAGAAUUUGUCCGUAAUUCGUAGUGUUAAAAUGCUUGGAUCGAUGCUCGCUCGCCUGUCCGGCUAGCGGAUGACGGCGUUUUCAAGCUGGAUGUGUAUUGAUGUCGAUGUGGACUCAAGGUUCAUUGGAAGCAAUUGCUUUUUCCCUAAAGACAGUGCACAGUUACCAAACAAAACAAAGUUAGAUGAAAUUUUACCGAAUGAUUAAUGUGGAAGUGAUUGGAUGUGAUGUUAAAAAGAUCUAUCUAAUGGUAGUGUUAAAGCAAACGGUUCCGGUCUUAAAUACUGCCAAUUAAAGAAAACUGGCACCGUUUAGUGCACUAUCUCCGGAGCAAUGUAUGUAAAGUUACAUAGUGAUUAAUCUUACAAAUACAGAGCAAUCCCCGGAGCAAUCCAUUCAUAUUGACACCUGUGAAACGAUAAACCGUAGCAGCGGUAACGGUGCAGACAGCUGUUCGCUGGUUUUAGGGAACAUAAUAAAUGUAUGUUGCUCCCUCCAGCAACGUUACAAGCGCAUUGAAUAAUACUCCCGUACAGCAGAGCGAAUUGUCAUGGAGAAAAGCGAUUUUUCUGCUGCCAGCUUUGAUGAAGUAACAGUCUCUAGCCUGUCGGACCUACGGCUGGAAAGCGGCUCAGUGACCGGGGUCACGAUAUCAGAUUUUGAAUCCCAACAGCAGCAGCAGCACCAGCAACAGCAGCGAUUGCCAUCCUCGCCAUUCCACCGGGAACCCUCCCAUCAGCCUGGGAACAAUAACAGCAGUGAACACAACACCAGCCAACAACGCAACGGUAACGAGAAUAACCUAAAUCGCCAAAGGAAGUCACCGAAGAAGCACUCCCACAACCUGCUGGACCAGCAGCAGCAGCAACAGCAGCAGCCGAUGUUCAAUCCAUCGAAACAUUUGGAUGUCUGGUUGGCCAAUGCCAUACGCGGUUUGGAGAGCAGCGGCGGUUCCGGUGGUCAGGAUCCAUCAUCCGAUCAGCUGGACAGUCCAACGCUGCUAAAGGGAGGAAGCUUUGCGGAGCCGCUCUCGCUGCCACCCAAUUUGAGCUACGCCGACCCGCUGCACAUGUCCUCCUCCACAUCGGGUCUUUUCUCGCCCAUUCAGCAGCAGCAGCAGCAACAGCAACAGUCACCUGUGCCGAACAUCAUCCCGCAGCAGCUUCUGCCCCAUCAGUACCAUCGCUUCGGUGCUAAUAUUCUGUCAACCGUCAACGACGGUAGUGAGUUUGCCAGUUUGCCGCCCCGAAUCAACCAUCACCCGAACCAAAGUCACCAGCAAACGCCACCACCACCACCCAUCGGUCAGCUUUACGGGCGAAAGAUUGCGCUGCAGCAUCAGAAUUCCAACUCGUCAUUCCACGAUCUGCUCAGCUCGCAACGUGUAAUGACGGACCCUUACAUUAAUGACUCAUCGGACAACGAAUCGAAGAACAGUUGUGCCAAAUCUAAGCAGGAGAUGGCGGAGGCCCUCCUAGCGGACCUAAACAUGCUGAACGCCAGUAGUUCCAUCAAUAAUGGCAGCGCGGGAGGCACCCCCGGCAACAACGGUGGCGGCUUUAUUGGUGGUGGUGGCACUUCCGGUGGCAACAAUGCCAGCAACAAUCAGAACAAUCUGGUUCUGGUGUUGCUGAAGGAGAUAAGCAAGUUGCACGAUACCAAUAAGAAGAUAUGUCGUAAUUUACAUGAAACCAAAGUGGAGAUGGAAGCUUUGAAACAUACCCCCCACUGGGGCCUUAGUCACCGUAGAGACAGCAUAAGCGGCCUGAGCACUAAUAGUCAGCCGGUAGGAAUGCGUUACAAUAGCUUUGGGUUGCAGAGCCCCGCACCGACCUAUCACUCUCAAGGCAAUUACACUCCGGGCAUUGUGAGUGAUGUUAUCCGGGAGAUUCGGGAGGUAUCCCGUGUGCGUGAGGAAGCCCUAAUGGAGCGCAUGAAGACGAUGAUCGAGGAACGCUCGUGGACUUUGAACCAGGCCAAUUUUCGGUUGCAAAAAGAGUCGGAAGAAAUGAAAAAAUCCAUCCAUUCAGUUCGUUCGGAAAUGAAUCAAAUCGUCGAUCGGAUGUUGAAGUUGGAGAAUGAAGUGAUUAAUCUGAAAGCUCAGCUCAAUCAUCAGCAACAGCAGCAGCAGCAACAGUUUGCGGCCCUCCGGGAGCGGGAUUCCUUUGUACAGGGUACCAGCGGCUCGCAGGCCGCUGCUAGCAAGUUUCGGAGAAACAGUUUACAUUUGAACUACGGAAGAAUCAGUAAUGCCGACGAGUUUUACGGCAAUAAUUUCGGUGACGUAACGAGCAACGAGCUGCGCUACAGCAACGGAGGCGGUGGCAUGCGAAAAUUUGGUGAGAAUAAUUUUGGCUCGACGUUUAAUGGUGGUGGCGGUUUUAGUGAGGAAAUGCAUGCGGACUCCUCGAACGAUCAGGUGUUGUUGUUGGAGAAGGACGCGCUCAAACUGAGGCGAGAGCUACAGGACGCGCUGGCCUCGAAGCAGGAGUCGGAAAACCGGAUUACAGCUUUGGAAAAUAUUGUAAGCACUCUCAAAGAACAGGUCCCGCAAGUAACACCGAUGGCGGUGGCUUCAACGCAGCAUCAGCAGCAGUUGCAUCACGCAUCCAUCAUUGUUCACCACCAGCAUCAGCAGCAGCCUCCGUUGUUAGCGACCCAGGUUGGGCAACACCAAGCAGCGACUAACAACGGUGGAAUCGGCCUCGGUGGCGGCGAUGGCGGUCCGGCUGCUACCAAUCCGUUCUUUCUACGCAACAGCCAGAACAGUGGCAACUCGCCGGGUCUGCCGAAAGCCGCUUCGCCGAAACCGCAAAAGGCGGCCCAGGUGCAGAGUUUGGUUACGCCGACCUACGUGCAUCUCACCAGCAGCGGCGGCAUCAGCGUAACCGGUCCGGUGACGGAUUUGUAGAACGGUCAACCCCGGAGGUAUCGUACGAUUUUGACGAGUUAUCUUGGCGCUCUAGCGCGUGCGGUAGGGUCUUUUUAUGAAAAUGACAAAUUUGUUUUGUUUUUUGUUAUGUUUGGAAUUAUUUUAGUGCCCAUAGCGGCUUGGGUUGCCUUUCGUUGUCAUUAAUUUUACCGAAAAUCGUUUGAAAUAUUGCGUUUUUAACAGAUUUUUUUUUAAAUUGACCGGAACUUUUCCUAUUCAAGUUUGACUAAAAUUAGAAACUUUGAGGUAAAUUAUUUUUCCGGUAUGCAGUAACAACUAGUUGAAUGUGCGGUCAAAAGCCGGUAGUUUUUAGAUGAACAAUGCAUUGCACAGAUUUACAAUGAAGAUUAGUUUCCAAUUUCUUUGAAUUUGGUCCAAAUUUGCAUCUGCAAAUAUUUAAUGAAACUGAAUAACUAGCUCCAUUCGAACGACGGGCUCUCUGGUGCACCGUAAAGUUCACCAAUGCAUUCUAAGCAUACUUACAUGGGCAAUUCAACGAUUUAAUAGACAAUAGAUAACAAUAUUUGAUCGACACGAUAGGCGGCUUGCAUAACAAUUCGUAGCUUUCAGACGCGCACAUUAUCGAUGCGUUUCACGUGUGAUUAAAUCUUUUGCUCAGAGCGUUGGCUCCUAGCGUUCGAACCGGCCGGCCGGGUAAUAUGAAUAUGAUGAAUUGCUAAUAAACGAGCCGAUUCUUCGAAUUGGCGUGACUCGAAUUGUCGAACUUCUCGAUCUGACGUAAUCGUUUAUGGGAUGCAGUUGAGUCGCGAAAUUAAUUCAGCAUACAAAAAUCAUUCUAUCAAUAUUUGCCGCUUUGCUAGAUGAUUUCUUAUUUUGCUGACAAACAUUUUGCGCUUGUCAGCGGUAUUGUUUGCAAGUAUUUUGCCCGCCCAAGGUGAUUCUUGGUACGCUACAAAAGCAGAUUUUUACAUUGGGACGCACCGUGGGAUGAAACCCAGAUCUAGGAGGACAAAAUUAAUUACGCUAAAACCGUUAGUCCUAGGUAUAUAGCAUGUUCUGAGUAAAUUUGUUAUUUUAACUUUCGCAUUUUUUGAUGUAUAUGACAUUAGGGUGACCAUCAUAGUAAGCGAGUGCAAAAUAUUAACUUUUUUAUGACUUAAGUUAGCUGAAUAAAAUGUUCUGCAAAGUUAAAGAACAUUAAAUUUUAAGUUACUUUGCCGGAAAAAUGAAAGCUCUAUCUCUUGUGGUUGAUAGGAUGGAGCAAUUUAAUGUUUUUUUGACGGAGUGGACAUAAAAAAUCCGUUUUUUCUUUACAUCUUCUUUCGUGUUUAUUUCUCACAAAUCAUGCCUUCUGAGCACUUUCACACGCAUGGAAAACGCGCAUUUUGUUUGAAGGAAUAAAGUCGCUAUCUCCUUCGGUUCCGAAGUUACAGGCAUUUUUUCCAAAAAAAUAUGGUUUUUUCAAAUGUCAAUAACGUAAAAACUGCUCAAAAGCAGCAAAUCAAAUUUUCUAAAAAGCUUUAAAUAGGGGGGUUUGACGGCAGUGCUAAUGACGUAUUCACCUCGAUUCUGCGCUCCGAUCAGAUACGUCCCGAUCGACGUGUGUUAUAGCAUACGAUGUAUUCCGAUCGAAGCGCAAAUUCUGAUCGGAUCCGGAUCGCUAUGUAGAAUAGAGGCGAUUAUUUGGGUAGUCGCCGGUAGCAUGUAACCAGCACAGAGCGAAAGUGAAAGUUGGUUGACAGUUUUCCGUGUAAAUGGGAUGAGCAGUCCGUUAUGGAGAUAGUGAACGGCAGGACAUCACAGUCGCAACCACAACGAACAUUUAAUGGAUUAUUGAAGAUAAUUGAGGACAAUUUAAUGUAUAUUACCGCCAGAAGCAAUGUAUUGUCACUGCAAAACUGGCUAUAUUCGAUGAUCCACUGCUCAGGAUUGCAAAUUUAUCAGAAAAUUUAACAAAUCAGGCAAAAAGUACAAAUCCGGCUUCAUAUGUUGGAAAACCGGCGUUUUCCCGGAUUGACCGGUUAUCGGCUUUGCAAGUGAAAAAUCGGUCGGGCCGGCCAAAAACCGGCCACUUGGCAACCCUAAUCCUAGUUUGGAUGUCUGUUCUCUGUGCCCAAACUGUACCUGUAGCUGGCGCGAACACCUCACGAACACUUUCUUAUCCGGGCCAGAAUUUGUUGUUGUCCUGAAUGAGUAUGGAUCUAAAAUUGGUGUUUUUUUGUACGCCAGAAGGGCAUUGGGUUAAAUGGCCAUUGCGAAAGUGUUAAUAUUCGGCUUUUGCCGAUUGCCGUACACGUACACAGUUUACGGACUGCUCAUAACCCAUGAAUGGAAUUGAGCUAGAUAGUUGUAGGGUAGA